CCUCCACACACACAAAAAAAAAAAAAAAACUCCAUUCCUUCUUUCCUCUGUAAUGGCUGCUGCGUCCGCUUCCUCUUCUUCCGCCCGGUACAGGUACCACGUGUUCCUGAGCUUCAGAGGCGGGGACACCCGGCGGAACUUCACCGACCACCUCUACACGGCUCUGAUGAAGGCCGGAAUCAACACUUUUAGAGACGACGACGCGAUUGAGAGAGGGUCCCACAUCGAAUCCGAAAUCAAUACCGCCAUUCAAGAGUCGAGAAGCUCCAUCGUCGUGCUCUCCAGAGACUACGCCUCUUCCAGAUGGUGCCUCGACGAGCUCCGUCUCAUCAUGAAACUGAGGAGAACUGCGGGCCACAUUGUGCUGCCCGUUUUCUACGAUGUCGACAAGCGCCAAGUCCAGAAUCAGAGUGGUAGCUACGGUGACGCGUUUGCCCGCCAUUUGGUUGAAUUUGGCCAGAAUGAGAUGGGUAUGGUUGAGGAGUGGAAGGCUGCCCUUACUGAAGCUGCUGGCAUUGGAGAUUUGGUUCUCAGAGAUGGCUAUGAGUCUGAGUUUAUUCAAAGUAUAGUCACAGCGAUUGCCAGGAAACUGAACCGAACAGUGCUGACUGUGGAUCCCUAUUUAGUGGGGAUAGAUGAUCGUACAGCUAAUAUCAACUCAUGGCUCCAAGAUGGGUCGAACGAUGUUGGCAUAGCGACAAUCUAUGGCGUUGGUGGGAUUGGGAAGACAACCAUAGCAAAAACGGUAUACAACCAGAACUAUGACAAAUUUGAAGCCACCAGCUUCCUUGCUGGUGUGAGAGAAGCUUCCGAGGAGCCACAUGGUUUGGUCCGCCUGCAGAAGCAGCUGGUUUCCGAUCUCUUGAAGACGAAAAGCAAGAUUUACAGCGUCGAUGAAGGUACAUUGAAGAUCAGAAAUGCCAUCUCUCGCAAGAGGGUUCUACUUGUUCUUGAUGAUGUGGACCGAAUGGACCAGUUCCAUGCAAUAAUUGGAAUGAGAGAGUGGCUUUACCCGGGGAGUAAAGUGGUUAUAACAACUAGAUAUGAGAGUUUACUGAAGGCUCGUGAAGUGAAUCGCAUCUUUACAGUGAACGAGCUGGAUGUAGAAGAAUCGCUUAAGCUGUUCAGCUGGCAUGCAUUUGAGCAAGAUCAGCCUGCUGAAGCCUUUGUGGAGGUCUCUAGAAGUGCUGUGGAGUUUUGCACCGGGCUGCCUCUAGCUCUUCAAGUUCUGGGCUCAUCUUUGUCGGGUAAAAGUUUGGAUAUAUGGGAGGUUGAGCUACAGAAAGUUAAAGCAGUACCGGACAGUAAAAUCCAGUAUAUUCUCAAAGUAAGCUACGAUACUCUUGAUGAUGAUCAUGAUAAGAAUGUGUUUCUUGAUGUUGCCUGCUUCUUUACUGGAAAGGACAAAGAUUAUGUAGUCUCUGUGCUAGAUGGAUGUGGCUUCUACUCAGUUGUUGCGAUUCACAAUCUUAUGAUUAGGUGUCUUGUGAAAGUUGACGAGGAAAAUAAGUUGCUGAUGCAUCAAAUGCUGAGAGACAUGGGGAGAGAGAUUGUUCGUCAAGAAUCACCUGAGGAUCCAGGGAAGCGUAGUAGAUUGUGGCGUCACAAAGAUGCAUUUACUGUACUGACUGAGGAUCAGGGCACUGAAAGUAUCAAGGGUCUCAACUUGAACUUGCUGAUGUUAAGGGAUCCCAAUCUUGGUGCUGGCACCAUUGUCCCUUACCAAGGAAACUAUCCAAAGCAUGGCAAAGUUGGCUUCUUUCCUUGGUAUGCAAAUGGGUCUGGAAGUUCAGUAAUCCUCAAGCCAAGGGCCUUUGCUAAGAUGGGAAAACUGAAGUUGCUCCAACUCAAUUACGUGAAAGUUGGUGGGGAUUAUGGCAACUUCCCGAAAAGCUUGGUAUGGUUAUUUUGGCGUGGAUUGUCCUUGAAAUAUCUGCCAGAAGACUUUCACUUGGAGAAGCUUGUUGUUCUUGAUAUCCGUAACAGCAGGCUGGUAAAUCUUUGGAAAGGGACCCGGGUAUGUAUGAGUUUGUAUUCUCCUACUUUACUUUUACACUCUUUCCUUGUAAAACUGAAAGUGCUCAACCUCAGUCAUAACCCUGGUCUUGUUAGGACUCCUGACUUCCGAGGACUUCCUUCUCUAGAGACAUUGAAGCUGAAAGAUUGUGUGAAAUUGGUGGAAAUUGAUGAAUCCAUUGGAACCCUUCAGAAGCUCAUUUCUCUAAGUCUAAAGCAAUGCACAAACUUAAUGAAGUUGCCAAAACAGAUCAGUUCAUUGAAAUCCCUCAAGAAACUCAAUGUAUCAGGCUGCUCAAAACUUCAUCAAUUGCCAAAUGAGUUGAGGGAAAUGGAAUCACUGAGGGUCUUUUAUGCUGAUGGAAUGGGUAUAAAUAAUCAGCUCUCUGAUUCAAAAGGAUCUUGGUAUUCUGCCUUGGUGUCUCGGAUAUUGCCUCGAAAGAAUCCACAUUCAAUCAGCUUUUCACUUGCAGUUCUGCCUUCCUAUUUGCUGGAGUUGAGUCUAGCAGAUUGCAACUUGUCUGAUGGGUCUCUUCCAGGAGAUCUCAGCUGCCUCUCCGUGCUGCAAAAUUUAGACCUCAGAGGAAACCUCAUUAGUUCACUUCCUGGAAGUAUUGACAAGCUGACUAAGCUCGAGUCCCUCACCUUAGACAGAUGCACAGGUCUCCAGUCACUACCGAAACUUCCACUGAGCUUGGAGGAAUUGAAAGCUGAAGGCUGUACAUCACUGCAAAAGAUCGCCAAUCUACCAAACUUGCUCAUAAAUCUCCAAGUGGAACUUUUUGGUUGUAGCGAGCUAGCUGAAGUGGAAGGCUUGUUCAAGUUGGAGCCAAUCGCAGAUGUCGACAGUGAAACACUGCACGAACUUGGCUUAUUCGAUUUCGAACCACUCCAAAGCAUUGAAAUUACCAUGUUCAAUUCCAUUGCAAACAGAGAAAGGCAGACUUCUCCUCAGGUACUGCGGGAAUGUGGCAUAUCCAGCACUUUCCUUCCAGCUAGCCAGCUUCCUGACUGGUUGAGCGAUACAACCAUGGGGUCUUCACUCUCCAUACAAGUGAUUCCCCCUCCUAGCUCCACUCACGAGAUGCGCGGCCUAACUUUAUGCGUUGUAUAUGCUCGCGACGAGGAGGUAUUCUGGCUGCACGCAGCUGGACAUUACGCCAACGUCCAUAACGAGACAACGGGUAUAAACUGGUCAUAUAGCCCAACCUUCUACGGGAUCCCAGACGAGGAUGGUGAUGAAGAAAUGGUUUGGCUGAGCCACUGGAAGUUUGGAGACGAGCUGGAAGUAGGGAACAAGCUGAACAUUUCAGCUCGGAUGCCUGCUGGAUAUUGCGUGAAACAGUGUGGUGUUCGUGUAGUUUACAGCGACGAGGAGGAAGACGACACAGAAGGUCAAUCAAAUAGGUCUGUCUGGGGAAGUAAUAAGAUUACUGACAGAGACUUGUAUGCGUAUCAGGUGGGAAGGUCUGUUUACUUCCUUCACCAUCAUCCUUAUACGACGCCAGCUGAUAUAUUGAAGUUGGCAGUGGCGGAUCCAGGGGGUCCACGGCCCAGCCCUCCUCUGGAUUCAAAGUUAGUAUAGCCCUUAUAAAUUUUUCGAUUUUAGAUAUUCGGCCUAGUGUAUUUUAUAAUUAUAAGAUUGUGUGUAACUAGAAAAAUGGUUUAGAUGAAUAUAUUCAAAUCACUACUCUAAAUUUGGCCUAG